AGGGUUUUACGUGCAAGAUCCAGGCUCUGCGUGAUAAGCUGUGGAUCUUCCUGGUUCAGUCUUUUUAUGCUGUUCGUCACACAGAAAGCUGGAAGCUCAUGAGCACAGAUGAUCAACAGAAAAUCCAAGCAGCUGCAUUUGACAAAGGUGAUGACCGAAGACUUGGCAAAAAGCCUAUAUUCAGUAGCUCCCAGCAAAGGAGACAAGUUUCUGAUUCUGGUGCUAUAAAAAACAAAUCUUGGAGGGGAAAUAACAAGAAAGAGUGUUGGAGUUAUCUCUCUACUAAUAAACAAAAGAUGAAAUCUGAUGGAUUAGGAGCAUCUGGACAGUCAUCAAGUACUAGUAUAAGUAAAACUUUGACUCAUGAUGCUUUAAAGGAAAAAGAUGGUACAAAAAUAGCAGCUAAAGUUACAAAAGAAUUAAAAACUGGGGGAAAAAAUGUCUCUGGAAAGCCCAAAUCUGUGAUAAAACCCCAAAAUGAAAACAUUGGUAACACAAGGUGGGAAAACAUGGCGCCUAAACAAGUUGGGGGAAGAUCAGCAAUGGCAGCAGCAACUGGACAGAAAACUUCAUUAAAUGGAAAAGGAGUGAGAAACCAGGAAGGGCACACUGCAGGUGCCAGACCCAAGGUACUCACUGGAAACUUAAAUGUGCAACCCAAAUCAAAGCCUUUGAAGAAAGUGACAGGCAAAGAUUCUCCAUGCCUGAGCAUCACAAGACCUUCCAGCAUGUCUACAAAUUCAAGUAUGGAACUAUCAAUUUCCACUGAAUGUUUGGAUGAACCAAAAGAAAACGGAUCAGUGGAAGAAGAAAAGCCUUCUGGUCACAAACUACCCAUUUAUGAUUCUCCAGGACAAACAGUGAAAAACAGUAUAAACAGUGUCAAAACCUCCACUGUAGCAGUAAAAUCUCGAGCUGUUUCAAGAGUUACUAAUGGAACUUCCAAUAAAAAAAGUAUUCAUGACCAAGAUUCUAAUACAAGCAACAGUGUACUAAAGAAAGUCAGUGCCAAAGGAUAUGGUGAUCCAGUACCACAGGCAAUUUUGAAGAAAAGAGGAAAUGGUAAUGGAUGUGCUACAGCUCAGCAGAAGACAAAGAGUACUCCGUCUAACCUUGUUAAAUCUCAAGGAACCUACGGAGAGUCAUCAAAUUCAGUAAAAUCUUCAGUAUCUUCAAGGCAGUCUGAUGAAAAUGUGACCAAGUUGGACCAUAAGGCAACUAUAGAUAAACAAACACCUAAGAGAAAAACUGCCAAGCAAGGACACACAACUUUGCCUAAGGGUACUGCAAAAGGAGUGGCAGUACCUAAAAACCUAAAUCAGUCGAAGAAAGGUGAAACUUUGAAUAAUAAAGAUUCAAAACAGAAAGUGCUUCCUGGACAGGUUAUAGUAAAAACUCAGCUUUCUCAAAGACCUUCAAAAAGUGAAAAAUCUAGUGUCCAAAAAAGUAUGUUUCAUGACAUACGUUGUAACAAUAAGGACAGUGUUUCUGAACAGAGUCCUCCCAAGCCUCUAAUUAAUCUCACAUCUGAAACCAACGAUGCAGAAACAUUCCAGUCAUCAUGUAGACCUGAUGCACAAAAGCCAUUAAACAAUCACGAGAAAGAGAAGCUAGUAUUAGAAUGCCAAAAUAUCUCAAAGCUGGAUAAAUCAUUAAAACAUGAACUGGAAUCAAAACAGAUUUGUUUAAUAAAAAGGGAAGCAAAAUUCCCUAAUCACAAGGAAACAGAUGGUUGCAGUGCAGCUGACAUACAUUGUCAUUCUGAUGGGAGUGGUCGUAUAGAUGCAAAAUUUCAUAGCACUACUGCCCCCAAAUCCAUGAUUUCAAAUCCAAAUGAAAAUUCCUUGAACUCUAAUCCAAUUUGUGAUUUAGACUCAAGAAAUUCAGGGCAAAUCCACAUAAUAUCAGACAGGGAGAACCAAAUAGAGAGAAAAGAUACGAACAAAAAAUCAAGCAUUAAAUGUGUGAGAGAUGUGUCAUGUUGUGCUCCUGAAAAGACAAAUAUAACCUUAAAUUCUGUUCAAAAUGACAGAAAAUCUACAAUUGAUGUAGAAGAAAUGAUAAUUCCUAGUCAGUUGCCUGAUGAUUCUGCUAUGAAUGAAGACAAACUUGCCGCGGCAGACUCAGAUAUUUCCUCCAGAUGUUUUUUGGGACACCUAUCAGGAAAAAAUUCUCCUAAAAAUAUGGAAACAUUGGAAUCUCCAGAGAGCCAUGAAACUCCAUAUGUGGGUCCCUGGAAUUUGAAUACCAGUGUUCUGCUUCAGAGGGAGAGUCCUGAAUCUGACACUGGCAGUGCUACCACAUCGUCUGAUGACAUAAAGCCCAGAUCUGAAGACUAUGAUGCUGGGGGGUCUCAGGAUGAUGAUGGGUCAAAUGACAGAGGUAUUUCCAAAUGUGGCACUAUGCUGUGCCAUGAUUUUCUUGGAAGAAGUAGCAGUGAUACUAGUACUCCUGAAGAAUUAAAAAUUUAUGAUAGUAACUUAAGAAUUGAAAUAAAAAUGAAAAAACAAAGUAGUAGUGAUCUUUUCCAAGUUAAUUCGACAAGCGAUGAUGAGAUUCCAAGAAAAAGGUCAGAAAUUUGGUCUCGAUCUGGAAUAGCCCACCCUAGAGAAAAGGAAAAUAUUCCACGAGGCAGUGUCCAGUUUGCUCAGGAAAUAGAUCAGAUUUCUUCUUCGGCAGAUGAAACAGAAGAUGAGAGGUCUGAAGCUGAAAAUGUUGCAGAAAAUUUCUUGCUAUCUAAACCAGCUCCUCAGCAGUUUCAGGGAAUCAUUAAUUUAGCUUUUGAAGAUGCAACUGAAAAUGAAAGUCGUGAGUUUUCUGCAACUAAAAAAUUUAAAAGGUCAGUUUUGCUUUCAGUAGAUGAAUGUGAAGAACUGGGAUCUGAUGAAGGAGAAGUCCAUACCCCCUUUCAGCCUUCUAAAGAUUCUUUUUCACCUUCUGAUGUUUUUGAUGGCAUUUCUCAGGAACAUCAUGGAAGGACCUGCUAUUCCAGAUUCUCACAAGAAAGUGAAGAUAGUGUUUUAGAAUGUAAGCAACAAGAUAAAGGUAAUAGCGUAUAUAAAAAUGAAAGCACUCUCUUCAAUCUCAGUAGCACUGAUUCUUUGAGAAGAGAUAAACAGAGUAUUUCAAGCACAGGAAAAAAGAACACAAUCGAUGUCUUGUCCAACAGAGGCAGACACCUUCUUCCAGAAGAUAAAAAAUUAAACAGUGGAAGCAGUAUGGAUAAUGACUUACAGCAAUGCCGCAAACUCUUGGAUGGUGACGUAAAAUCUCAAGGAAGACCAUGUCAUUUGGAGCUUCAUCAAAGAGAACCCAAUUCCGACAUACCAAAGAACAGCUCUACGAAAUCUCUUGACUCCUUUUGGAGUCAAGUUCUGCCUCAGGAAGGUCAAGUGAAAGAGAGCCAUUCUACAGCUACUGAAAAAGCUAAAAUUGCUUUAUCUGCAGGAGACAUAAGUGAUUGUGACACACUGGCACAAACCUGCAUAUAUGACCACCGGCCUUCAAAAACCCUCUCUCCAAUAUAUGAGAUGGAUGUAAUAGAAGCAUUUGAGCAGAAAAUGGAAUCAGAAACACACGUUACAGAUAUGGAUUGUGAAGAUGAUCACCACUUUGCAAAACAAGAUUGGACGCUAUUAAAGCAGCUGCUCUCAGAACAGGACGCAAACUUAGACGUUACAAACUCUGUUCCUGAAGACUUAAAUUUAGCACAGUAUCUCAUCAAUCAGACACUACUUUUAGCACGGGACAGCUCAAAACCUCAGGGUAUAGCACAUAUUGACACUUUGAACAGAUGGAGCGAACUAACAUCUCCGCUUGAAGACUCCUCAGCGAGCAUUACUAUGGCGAGUUUUUCCUCUGAAGAUUGUUCACCUCAAGGGGAAUGGACAAUUCUAGAACUGGAAACUCAGCAUUAAGAUUGUUAACACUUAGCCGGGCAUU